GUGUGGGCUUUGUUUGAUGCGAAGUACGUGGGUUGCAGAGGCUCAGGUCCUGCUUUUAGGACGUUUCCAAUGCUGUAACCUUGUGGGAAUAGCAAGAAGCGCUCAAACUUGGCCCUCUUCUCGGAUAAAACUCUAGUUUUGACAUUCUACUUGGUUUUGGUGUUGAUGUUCAGGAUGAUGAGGAGGAUGUGAGCUCUGUGGCAAUUCACUAAGUCAGGGUGUUUUAUUGAAGAGCUUCUAGUCAGUUUUCCUGUAUCUUUCUCAGUUUGCUGUGCUUUUCAGAGUUGGGUUGAACAGGCAGGUCGGAGACUGUUUAAGAGAAGGGCUAUGCUGUUGGCAGCGAUGGCGGGCUGGUGGGGAGGGUUUACGAUGCUGCUACUUUUGGUGUGUUCGGUGACCCAGUGCGUUGCGAGUGCUGACUAGUCGCGUUUAUCUUUCACGGAGACAUGUAGUUAAGGAGUUUGUGAACUACUUGCUGUUUAACCGCGCACCGGCCAAUAAUGAGGGAUGUUUGACUGGCCAGUCUUUUAAUGGAGGGGGAGCUUCAACUCCAUGGAUAUGCUUUUGAAAAACCUCUUGGUUGUAAAAAUGACCAAGAACUUAUGCCACGGGACCAGAGCAAACUACCCACAAGCUCUGCAGGUCAGCCUCUCCAAAGAACUUCGUCUCAGGGCUCAACUUCAAGCUACUGACACGCUUGCCGCAGCUCCCCGGGCCGUUCCUCCGGUUACUCGGGUCACUCCACCUGAAGCUCCAAAAGUUUCUCCUGCUCCACCCACACCUGCGCGGACGUACCUCAUGUGGAUCGGCAUUGGAGUAUUCUGCCUCAUUAUAUUGUCUGUCGCCAUUUUCUGCCUGUGCCGCAAGUUCGGACAGCGGAAGGUUCGGGGGACUCAGAAGUUGCCAUAUUUGCCAGGGUACCACUAAAAUAGAAACCAGAUUGUUAGACUCUAAACCUCACUUCACACAGGGUUAUGAAAUCUCAUCUCAAGGAACUGUGACCAAUUGUAAAAGGCUUGAUCGAAUUGUGGAAUGGGCAAUUAAAGGAUCUCUCCCUCCUUCAAGGUUGGAAA